AUGACUGAUUCGACAAUAUCAGCGGAUGUUCCACAAAUUCCGCAGGUCGAUAUGAUUAGUGCAACGAGUAAAUUACAGCUAGAAGCAGCUGAUGUUCGAAAUAACAGACCAAAUUGGAAUUCUUAUUUAAGGAGCCAGAUGAUUGCCCAAGAAGAUUAUGAUUUCAUAAUGGCAUAUGAAGCAUUAAAAACUAAGCAAGAUCGUGAUGCUCUCUUGGAGAGUAACAAGAUGCAAUGUGCACGAACAAUGAUCAAUUUUAUUACAACUGUUGCCAAAGAUCAAAAUGUUCGUUAUGUACUGACGUUAUUGGAUGAUAUGAUUAUGGAGGAUAAAUCACGUGUAGAAAUAUUUUACAGCCAUGCCCGAAAAAAUAAGCGUACGCUAUGGUCAUGGUUCCUGGGCAUCUUGCAACGUCAAGAUCCAUUUAUUGUAAAUCAGAUGUCUUCUGUUUUGGCAAAAUUUGCAUGUUUUGGCACAGCACGUAUGGAAGGUUCUGAUUUGAAUUUCUACAUUUCAUUUCUCAAGGAUCAAUUGAAGUCUGCAGGAAAUGAGUAUAUCAAUACAACGGCACGUUGUUUGCAGAUGAUGCUUCGGAUUGAUGAGUAUCGUCAUGCAUUCUUAGCAAUGGAUGGUAUCAUGAGCAUUUUAUCAGUGUUGAGUGGUAAAACUAAUUUCCAACUCCAAUAUCAACUCAUAUUCUCGUUGUGGUGUCUUACAUUCAAUCCGGCCAUAGCCAAAAAAUUUCCGCAUAGUGGAGCUAUUCAGAUUCUUGGUGAUAUUCUUUCGGAAUCAACCAAGGAGAAGGUAAUUCGCAUAAUCUUGGGAACGUUUCGGAACAUUCUCGAGAAAAUCGAUGAUCAUGAUCUCGAGCGAGAAACGGCUUUGCAGAUGGUGCAAUGCAAGACUUUGAAAACACUUGAACUAAUGGACUCUAAAAAAUUUGAUGAUGCUGAACUGAACGAUGAUGUUGAAUUUCUCAGUGAAAAGUUACAUUCCUCGGUCCAAGACUUUUCUUCCUUUGACGAGAUUUUGAUCAAGAUUUUGGAAGUGCAGUCGGAUACAUUAGCUCUUUGUGUAGCAGUUCAUGAUAUUGGAGAAUACGUGAGACAUUAUCCGAGAGGCAAAAACAAAAUUGAACAAUUGCAAGGAAAGCAAGCAGUGAUGAAAUUGCUUUCGGCGGAUGAUCCAAACGUUCGCUAUCAUUCAUUGCUUGCAAUCCAGAAAUUAAUGGUACAUAACUGGGAAUAUCUUGGAAAGCAGUUGGAUGCUGACAGUGCAGUUGUUACAGCUGAAUGA